AUGGAUAGCGUCAAGCUGGGCGCAGCUGCUCUGGCAGGCUUCCCAAGUCUUCGCACUCUGCCGCACACUGCGAAUCUCGGCUUCCACGGGGUUAGUGUUUUCCAACAGGAGAGCAGAAAUGAGAGCGCGAUUGUCACGCUCAGUGAUGGAGAGGAGAAGAACACCACCGCGCAUGCCAAAACACGACUUGGCAAGUCCGUCCACAUUGGAUACCCAUUCCUCCAGGAGGGUCGAGUGUGCAGCGUGACGGACGAGAUGUUCACUUAUCGUCUGGCGAACCCAGAAUUACCACCAACGGACCAGAACAUCAUUCAAGCUCCGCACGAGUAUAGAGGAGUCGAGGAUUGGAAGAAGAAGGCAAAUCGCAUCGAGGCGCACUACAGCAAGCGCCUUGGUAUCAUCAUUGGGACUGUGGAGAGCUUGGUGCAAAUUGAGCCACUCGUUGGCCUACGCAAGACUGAGACCGGCGCAACGAUCAAGGAAUAUGCACCAAUGCAGGGGAUUGAGCCCGACUACGCCACACAGACUGUGGUCGACGAAGUCAUCAGCGAGGACCAACGUUUCUUGGAGAAGGCAGCCCUGCCAAUCCAGGAAGAGUUCCCGGUCGGCACCCGCGCCUUCUUCCUCGGCGACAUGGCUUAUGGUCGACCUUUGGAGGUGACCAACCACAUUGCUGGUGGUGAUGGUGCCGACAAGGCUGAGAUUUGGGUAUCACAGCUCGCCGUGCGCGAGCCCGAGUUCGGUAUCGACAUUGCUCGUUCGGCUGAGAGCAGAAACCCAUACACCCCGUCCUAUGUCGUGGCAAGACAGCUGCAGCUCCACCCACUCGUGUUGUCGAAGCUGACAUCUGCCUUCAACGUGACUUCUUCAGGCCUCAAGCUGAAUCUCGGCUUGAACCUCAAAUUCGAGGCGAAGAAGUUGAAGGUGCUGGGUUACAGCCGCAAGUCGGCCAACGGAUGGGAGUACUCUCCCAAAGCUGUUGAUCUCCUGAGACAGUACAUGAUC